AUGGCCAAGAGGCGCGACCUCCAGCGACGGCGGAGCAUCCCAGGAGAUGCCGCCUGCAGGGACCACCUGGAACCCCUGCUGCUGUUCUGUGAGGACGACCAGGUCACACUCUGCCGCCAGUGUUUCCUGUCCCAGGAGCAUAGGAACCACGUGGUGCGCGGAGUGCAUGAAGCUGCGGAGGAUUUCAGGAAGUUAUUUCGGGAGCUGUUGAGCACAUUGAAGCAGAAACUUGAAGCUGCCAAAAGCCUAUUGGCCGAAGAGCAAGAAAAUAUGGGGCUGGUUCAGGCAGAGGAGCAGAAUUUUAAAGAGAUGGUUAAAUCUGAAUAUAAGAUGAUGAUCCGGUUGGUGAUUGAAGAGAAUGAGAUGAACUUCCAAAACCUGCAAGGGUACACAUUCAACCCACACUUGAGAGAAGCCAAUUGGAGUCCGCUGAUGAAGUUGACUGCAGAGUUAGAGGAGAAGUACCAGGAAACACUACAGAGACUGAACCGUCUGGGGAGAGAGAACGUGAAUAAACUGCAGGAGAGUGAAGUCAGGCUCUAUGAACAGAUCGUCAGCCUCCACGGUGUCACUGCCGAGCUGGAGAAGAAAUGUGGGGAACCCUCCUUAGUGUUGCUCAAGGAUGCACGAGCUUUGGAAUUGAGUGGUGUUUCACUACUGUGUCAGGGCCUAGAGCCCGCGCGAAUCACAGACCCGAGUUUAUGCCGAACGCCAGGACCGAGCAAAAUGCUGGAACUGUUUCAAAGACCUAUAACUUUGGAUCCCAAAACAGCUAAUUCUUGUCUUGUCCUAUCUGAGGAUCUGAGAAGUAUAAGACUCGGAAAUGUCCAGCAGGAGGUACCUGGCAACCCAGAGAUAUUUGACUUCAGUGCUUCUGUGUUGGGUGUGGAGAGCUUUACCUCAGGGAGGCAUUACUGGGAGGUGGAUGUGGAAAAGGCAACAAACUGGCAGUUGGGUAUAUUUGAAGACUCUGCCGCCAGACUCAUGCACAAAGGUAAAAUCUUACUCAUGGGAUCCAGGAUGGGAACCAAAUAUACCUUUUGGGUCUUUCCUCCUUUAAAAGGGAUCUACUUGGAAGAGCAGAUACACAAAGUUGGAGUUUUUCUAGACUAUAAGUAUGGGCAGAUAUCAUUCUAUGAUGUGACAAAGAGACUCCUCAUUUAUAAUUUCUCUGGUCUUGUCUUCAAAGGAGCUCUCAGGCCUGUUUUUUCUCUUUGUUCCCCAAAUGAAGGCACAAAUUCAGACUCUCUUAGCAUCUGCCUCCCUGAUGUUUUCAUGGUGUGA